AGAGAGAGGGUUGAGAGAAAGAGAGAGAAGGCGUGGCCUAGAAAUAAAAGGGAGCUCAUUUAUUUGAUUCCAAAUUCCCAAAUGCGUCUCUGUUUCACCCAGUUGGACUAUGACUUUUUGUUUUUGUUAUAGUUUUUAUAGAAUUUGCGUUACGUUUCGAAUCGUUGAUACUUUCUCAAUUCAAACGUUUCAAUCCAAGAGCCCAUCAUUUCUAUAUAUAAAAACAGAAAAUUAAGAAGCAGCAGCAAGUGGUCUUCUUCUUCUUCCUUCACGGAAACCAGAGCAAACGUGUCAUUACAUGGUGAUCGUAAGAAAAGGUGCAGAGGAGGAGGUGGACAAGAAGAAGAACGCGACUAAUUGCAGUAACAAGGGAAUGCGACUGGGAAAAUACGAGCUUGGAAGGACUCUUGGCGAGGGCAAUUUCGGCAAAGUUAAAUUUGCUAAGAACGUCGACUCUGGACAACCCUUUGCUGUUAAGAUCCUCGAGAAAACCAGAAUCAUUGAUCUCAAGAUCACAGACCAGAAGAAAAAAAAAUUGCAGAUAAAGAGGGAGAUUGGCACUUUGAAGCUCCUGAAACAUCCCAACGUCGUCAGAUUACACGAGGUUGUGGCAAGCAAAACCAAGAUUUACAUGGUCCUAGAAUAUGUUACUGGAGGAGAAUUGUUUGACAAAAUUGCACACAAGGGAAAACUUACAGAAGCCGAAGGCAGGAAGCUCUUCCAACAGUUGAUUGAUGGUGUGAGCUACUGCCACAACAAAGGCGUUUUCCAUCGGGACCUGAAGUUGGAAAAUGUUCUUGUUGAUGCCAAGGGGAACAUAAAAAUAUCAGACUUUGGCCUCAGUGCUUUGCCCCAGCAUUUUAGGGAAGAUGGGUUGCUUCAUACAACCUGUGGAAGCCCCAACUAUGUUGCUCCUGAGAUUCUUGCUAAUAAAGGGUAUGAUGGUGCCACCUCUGAUAUAUGGUCAUGUGGUGUCAUCUUAUAUGUCAUUCUUACAGGAUUUCUCCCUUUCGAUGAUAGAAAUCUUGCAGUUCUCUAUCAAAAGAUCUUGAAGGGGGAAGUUCAGAUACCCACAUGGCUAUCACCUGGUGCAAAGAACUUGAUAAAAAAGAUUCUUGAUCCCAACCCUGUUUCCAGAAUAACAAUGACAGGCAUCAAGUCAGAUGAAUGGUUCAAGCAGGAUUACUCUCCUGCGAAUCCUGAUGAUGAAGAAGAAGAUAUAAACGUUGAUGAUGAAGCUUUCUCAAUAAAUGAAGUGCCAUCUGAGGGGGAGAGGAGUCCAGACGCCCGGCACUCGCACACCCAUAUAAAUGCCUUUCAGUUGAUUGGAAUGUCCUCUUGUCUAGACCUCUCUGGCUUCUUUGAGAAAGAGGAUGUGUCUGAGAGGAAGAUCAGAUUUACAUCCAACCACUCUGAAAAAGAUUUGCUUGAAAAGAUUGAAGAAAUUGUACUAGAGAUGGGAUAUUGUGUCCAGAAGAAAAAUGGAAGGUUAAAAGUGAUGCAAGAGCACAAAGGGGAGAGAGGUAUGGGUAGUCUAUCCGUUGCAGCAGAGGUGUUUGAGAUAAGCCCCUCUUUAUUUGUUGUUGAAAUAAGAAAGUCAUAUGGUGAUGCUUCUGCAUAUAGAAAGUUGUGUGAAAAGCUAUCAAAUGAUUUAGGUGUUCCCGCAAGCCAAGGGUUGUUGACUAGCCAAGUGUGAAAACCAUGUUCUUUGCAAAGUCAAACAACAUGGUAUUUAAAGCCUUGGAGAGAUGUAGAUAGUAUAGAAUCCUAUAUUACGAUUUAUGUAAAUUUUCAGUUUUGGAUGUGUAUGUUAGUGUUAGUAUGUAAGACUCGAGUAAAUGUGAAACAUAUUUUGAUUGCAAGAAGAUAUCCUUGUGAAGAAGUCACCAGGACCAUUUGUGUUUA